UGUGGUCAGAGGAGCUUCAGUGUAGAGGCAACGAAUCUCAGAUUCACUUCUGUUCAACAUCAUCUUCACUCAAACACAACUGCUCCCAUGACAGCGAUGUGGGUGUGGUGUGUGCUGGAGUCAGGCUGGUUGGUGGUUCUCGCUGCUCUGGGAGAGUUGAAGUGCUACAUGGAGGGACCUGGUCCACAGUGUGUGAUGCUGACUUUGACCAGCAGGAUGCAGAGGUUGUGUGUCGAGAGCUGGGCUGUGGGCUUCCUGUGGAGGUGCUGGGAGCAGCUGCUUUUGGCAGAGGGGAGGGUCAGGUGUGGUCGGCGGAGCUUCAGUGUAGAGGCAACGAAUCUCUGAUUUUCUUCUGUCCAACAUCAUCUUCACUCAAACACAACUGCUCCCAUGAUAAUGAUGUGGGUCUGGUGUGUGCUGGCAGUGUGCGGUUGGUUGAUGGGAGCAGUCGCUGUACAGGGAGAGUGGAGGUUCUUCAUAGAGGACAGUGGGGAACAGUGUGUGAUGAUAACUGGGAUAUGAGAGAUGCUGCAGUGGUGUGUAGAGAGCUGGGCUGUGGAGAAGCUGUAGAUGCACUGAGUGAUGCUCACUUUGGACCAGGAUCAGGACAAAUUUGGAUGGUUGACGUGGACUGUAGUGGGUCAGAGUCUACAUUGAAAAAAUGCCACUCAGCACUUUGGGGUAAACAAGCGUGUAAUCACUCAAAUGAUGCUGGAGUUUUCUGCUCAGGAGUGAUGCUUGUUGGUGGUUCUCGCUGCUCUGGGAGAGUGGAGGUGCUUCAUGGAGAGACCUGGUCCACAGUGUGUGAUGCUGACUUUGACCAGCAGGAUGCAGAGGUUGUGUGUCGAGAGCUGGGCUGUGGGCUUCCUGUGGAGGUGCUGGGAACAGCUGCUUUUGGCAGAGGGGAGGGUCAGGUGUGGUCAGAGGAGCUUCAGUGUAGAGGCAAUGAAUCCCAGAUUCACUUCUGUCCAACAUCAACUUCACUCAAAUACAACUGCACUCAUGACCGUGAUGUGGGACUGGUGUGUGCUGACAGUGUAAGGUUAGUGGAUGGUGGCAGUCGUUGCGCUGGGAGAGUGGAGGUUCUUCAUAGAGGACAGUGGGGAACAGUGUGUAGUGAUUACUGGGAUAUGAGAGAUGCUGCAGUGGUGUGUAGAGACCUGCGCUGUGGCGAGGCUGUAGAUGCACUGAGUGAUGCUCACUUUGGACCAGGAUCAGGACCAGUCUGGAUGAAUAAUGUUCACUGUAGUGGAUCAGAGUCAACACUGAAAAACUGUUCAUCAUUAGAAUCAAGUAAACAUGAUUGUGAUCAUUCCAAAGAUGCUGGAGUCAUCUGCUCAGACAGUGUGAGGUUGGUGGAUGGUGGCAGUCGCUGUGCUGGGAGAGUGGAGGUUCUUCAUAGAGGACAGUGGGGAACAGUGUGUGGCUAUAUGUGGAAUAUGAGAGAUGUUUCAGUGGUGUGUAGAGAGCUGAGCUGUGGGGAUCCAUUGAGCCUGGAUGCUGCUGUACCAGGAUCAGGACCGAUCUGGAUGAGUCAUGUGGACUGCAGUGGAUCAGAGUCUACACUGAAAAACUGUGGAUCACUGGGAUGGGGCAAACAUAGCUGUACUCAUCUUUUAGAUAUCGCAAUUCAUUGUUCAGGUCAUAGAAGGUCCAAGCUUACUGGUGGUCCUCAUCGUUGCUCUGGGAGAGUGGAGGUGCUUCAUGAAGAGACCUGGUCCACGGUGUGUGAUGCUGACUUUGACCAGCAGGAUGCAGAGGUUGUGUGUGGAGAGCUGGGCUGUGGGCUUCCUGUGGAGGUGCUGGGAGCAGCUGCUUUUGGCAGAGGGGAGGGUCAGGUGUGGUCAAAGGAACUUCAGUGUAGAGGAAUUGAAUCUGAGAUUUCCCUUUGUCCAACAUCAUCUUCACUUAGACUCAACUGCACCCAUGGCAGUGAUGUGGGACUCAUAUGUUCUGGUCACACUCAGGCUUGGCUGGUGAACGGCUCUGACUCCUGUUCUGGUCGAGUGGAGCUCCAGUACCUCAGUGAAUGGGGCACAGUGUGUGAUGUAAGCUGGGAUAUGAGAGCUGCCAGUGUCCUCUGUGGUCAGCUGAAGUGUGGGAGUGCUGUGGCUGUGUUGGGGUCAGACUGGUUUGGGGAGGGGAGUGGCCAGAUCUGGGCUGAUGUGUUUGAUUGUGAGGGGAACGAAACACACCUGUCAAAAUGUCCCAUUUCAUCAUGGAGUCACACUGCAUGCUCUCAUAAACAGGAUACUGGAGUCAUCUGCAGUGGUUCACUCAUGGCAGUUCACGAGGGGCGAGUGAGGUUGUCUGGAGGGAUGGAGUGUGAGGGGGAGGUGGAGGUUUACUUCAAGCAGGACUGGAGGAGAGUUCUGCUGGACUACUGGAGUGAGUCUGUGGCCUCUGUGGUCUGCAGACAGCUGGGCUGUGGCUCCGUGUUCAGCUUCUCCAGCUCCUCUACAUCCAGUCCUGAACACAGUCACAUGUGUGUGACGGGUUUCAAUUGUUCUGGGAGUGAAGCUCAUCUGGGGAACUGCAGCAGCGCACAAGCAGUCAACUGCAGCUCCAGAGAUCAGCUCUCAAUCACCUGCUCUGCUCACAGCUCCAUCAGGCUGGUUGGCUCUGGGGGAGACUGUGCAGGAAGGUUGGAGGUUUUCCACAGUGGCUCAUGGGGGACAGUGUGUGAUGACUUGUGGGAUAUUGAGGAUGCGCAGGUGGUCUGUAGACAGCUGCAAUGUGGAGUGGCUCUCAGUGCUCCGGUACCAGCCCAGUUUGGACCUGGAACUGGACCCAUAUGGCUGAAUGAGGUGGAGUGUGAGGGAAACGAGACGUCCCUGUUUAACUGCAGAUUUCAGCUGUGUGGAGAAGAUGAAUGUGGCCACAUGGAGGACGUAGGAGUCGUGUGUUCCGAGUUUAAAGAGAUCAGACUCACUGAGGGCUGUCAGGGGAAUCUGGAAGUGUUCUACAAUGAAACUUGGGGUAAUGUGUGUACAAAUAACAUGGGUGAAGAAGUAGCAAAUUUGGUCUGUCAAGAGCUGAACUGUGGAAGAUCAGGCAGUUUGAGCCAAACCAAAACAAGAAUCGAAUCAGCUCCUAACUGGCUGGAUGAUCUGAAAUGUAGGAAACAUGACUCCACUCUGUGGCACUGUCCAUCUUCAGCCUGGGGACAGAACAGCUGUGAUAAUCUAAAUGAAGUGGCUCACAUUACCUGCUCAGGAGAGAUAAAUCAUUCUUUGCUGCAAAACCAUCUGAAAUGCUCCUCAUUUCCAACCCAGAGUCAAUGCUCAAAGCACCUGCCUCUCAGGCUGAGUGGAGGGAAUGGAAGCUGCUCUGGGAGGCUGGAGGUGUAUCACAACACUGAGUGGGGCUCCGUCUGUGAUAAUGAGUGGGACAUCAGUGAUGUUCAGGUGGUCUGCAGGCAGCUGGGCUGUGGGCCGGCGCUGAGUGCUGAUGGGAGUGCUGUCUUCGGUGCUGGUGUAGGGCCUAUCUGGCUGAACAGAGUGAAGUGUAGAGGGAAUGAGAUUCACCUGUGGGACUGUCCUCAUUCCCUGAAGGACCACGCUGACUGUUCCCACAGUCAGGACGCUGGAGUCACCUGUACAGACAUAUUUGUAUCCACCACUGUUACAUCCAGAGUAACUACUAUUACCAUCACAGCUGGUCAGACAGAGAAUGAAGCAGUUACUCCUCCACAAACUCUUUCAGCAGCUGUUCCAUCCAUCUAUCCAGUGUCUCUCCUGGUUCUGGGAGUGCUGCUCUUCCUGGCCUUAUUGUUUCUGGUUGUGCUGUUUUACCAGAACAGAGUGCUCAGGAGAGUGCUCUCUAAGAGGAAGCAUAAGACUCAGACUGAGGCCGUCUAUGAAGAGAUCGACCAGAGAAUCAUCGCUAAGAGAAUGACUAAAAAGGUAAAUAUCCUCUCUGAAGAACAACAUUCAGGAUAUGAGGAUGUGGAUGAGGAGCUUCUCUCAGGUGAGGUGGGAACUAGAGACACUCCAGAUACCUAUGAUGAUGUCAUUUCUGCUGGACACACAACAACUAGAGAAGCAAAGAACAAGGUGGAGCUCUAUGAUGACGCCGUUCCUGCUGGAGAGAAUCUACAGGUUACAGCAGUGUACACAUCAGAGGACUAUGAUGAUGUCAUCACUCCUGGACAGGAUUUUGGAGAUUCAGCAGGCUAUGAUGAUGUGGAGGUGUCUGAGAAAGAGGCACAGAUCAUCUGACAGAGACCCAAAUAAUGCGUCUACUCAGGAAAUGACAUUCGAGCUUCUUAAUAUCAGCCAAAGUUUGAAGAACAACAAAUUAUUUUAUAUUCUUCUUGAAGAUGUUUGUAUUCUUGUGACUGUGCUAUUUUUUUACUCAGGAAGAGCAAAAUGUUCUCUAACUAAUUGCAUUCUAAGCCACUUUGCUUUCUUUCAAAAAAAAGGAAAUUUAAAAACUAUAAAGAAAAACUGCUUAAAUACACACAUUAGCUUUAAUUUCAUGGCCUGUGAAUGUUAUUUACAUUUCAUUUCUUGCUCUAUUCAUUUGCUUUGCUGUUCUUUGUAGCUGCUCAUCAGUGAGGCUACAAAUUCUGUAUUAUGCAAAUGUUUAUUCAGUUCAGUCCUGAUUAUAUAGAGUAAUAAGUAAAUGAACAGCUCUUCAUGUUUCACUGUAAAGAGCAGAGACAGAUGAAGGUGUUUUAGGUUGGAGGUGCUUCAUCAUUUUAGCAGCACAUAAGUGAUAAAUAUCAUGAUGUCAUCCUCAAUAGUGUUUCUUUUUCUUAUUCAUUAGAAUUUUCUGGGUGGACGACAUGAUACAGCCUACAUACAUGAUACAGUACUCCUAUAACCAGCACAGCAAUCGCAGCUGACCUGCUGUCUCAGCAAAUGAGCUGAGCACUGACCAGUCAGACUGCUGAUUAGAGGAGUAAAGCAGUUUGUGUUGCAGCCGUAGUCAAACUACAUGUCAACAUCUAGAGAGAUUAUUACAAUUUUAGAAAAAAUCCUUAGUCCCGGGGUAAUUGUUAGCUGGAAAUUUAAAGAUUUAAUACCAUAUUAUUUUAUUGCUUAUAUUUUAUGGGCACAAUAUUUUAAAGUGGUCUUUUGUUGUUGUUUUUUUUUUUCUCCUGAAAUCUGGAGGUGCUGGAUCCCACUCAGCACUCCUCCUUCCCCCAUCGUUGCUUCAGAGUAUAUUUUGUGUGAUUAACAGUUCAAUCAUUGAUGUGAAAUGAAAAUAAAAGCUGAUAUUUUGCUGUAGAUCAUGUUCAUAAGGAUACAUGACAAUAACACGCUUUUCAAGACAGCUCACAUAAACUUAUAUACACAUUUAGAAAGGCUUAUUCUAAUAAGCAGUUACUGGCAUUAAGGCAGCUUUUGUCAGAUUCACUGUCAAAUUGACAUGAUGCCUUUGUGAAAUGACAGAUGUUAUGACAGCUGACUUUUUAGUAGGAUUGUGUCUAUUUUACAGUUUAUGUCCUGUUUGUAAUAGUGUCCACUUCACAUGCAAAAUAAAAUAAUACACUGGACAUUUUAAUCCUG